CGACUUGUCGAUGCUGUUCAGACAGGACGAACUUCCGACGAUUUGUCGCUACUACACAAUAUCUACGUAGAGGGGGAAAGUCGCCAGCGAUUUCUCGCUGCAUGAAAUCGCACCUUACUACUGCCAUGUAGACGGACCUUUAGAGAAGAGAGCGUUAAGUAAUCAAGAAUGACAAUACGUUUUUUUAUGAAAAAGUCCGAAUCAUAAGAUUGAUGUUACUUUAAAUGAACUUAAAUUUUUGUGCAAUUAACAUUGUUAUUAAACUUCAGAGUUUCGGUGUUUUUUAUUUUGUACUUAUUGUAUAUAAUAGACUAUGUGAGUUCUACAUGUAAAUGUCAGAGUACGACACCAAUCAAAUUACAUAAAUAACAAAAAUUAAGAUGCAUUAAUUUAAUAUCAAAUAUAUUGAGCUUUUUGAUGUAUAUAUAUAUAUACACACACUGAGCUAUGUAAAACUCACAAUGUAUUUGAUAGAAAAAAAAGGAGUUGAAUGAUACAGCAAAUUAAAUACUUUAAAUUGAUAAUAAUGCAAAUGUCCAACAGUAUGGAUACAAUAAGAUAUUGUCCACCAAAUAUAACUUUCAACGAUAUUUGGAUUGAUCACGGCGUGUCCAAAUGCUUUAUGGAUACCGUCUGUACCAGUAUAAUUUCUUUGUACUUGAUUAUAUUUGGGUCUGUCCAACUUUGGAUAUAUCACAAGUAUGGAACAGAAACUGAUGAAAGUACAUUAUCAAGAAGCAAACUAUAUAAUUUACAAAAGUUUGUGUUGUAUCUCGUUCCUAUUUUAAGUGUGAUCAGAAUAAUUUUACAAGCUACAGUUUUGAAUGAUGGAAUGGUCUAUGGGUAUAUGAUACUAACAACAGUAUUGACAGUGAUCGUUUAUCCAUAUUCGAUAUAUAUAUUGAAAAUUGAAAGACAUAAACUGUUACCAAGUGUGCCUCCACAUGGUCAUGGAUUGGUGCUACUUGGUUUUUGGACAUUAGCGUUUGUUGCUGAAAAUCUUGUUUUAAUUAAUAUUGGAAAACUUGAAUGGUGGUUCCACUUGAAUUCCCUGACAGAUCAAAUCGAAAUGGCUCUGUUCAUUUUGCGAUAUGUUAGUAACUUGCUGAUUUUUGCUCUCGGUCUACGAGCUCCUGGCAUCGCUAGUAAUUUUGAUUCCGAUUAUCAUACACUUAAUGAUAAUACAAUUAUGCGAUCACGAUAUUAUCAAAGAAGAUCAGAUAAUGCUUCCACAUGGACAAAUUUAUGGUACAAGACUAAGACUUUAGCACCGUUUUUGUGGCCAAAGUCAGAUUUCCUGCUUCAAUUGAAAGUGAUAUUUUGCUUCAUGUUGCUGCUAUCUGGACGUUUGAUAAAUCUUUAUGUACCAAUAUAUAAUAAGAAAAUUGUGGACAGUGUCACGAUUGUUCCUGUAGAAUUUAGAUGGGAUAUAGUAUUGAUAUAUGUAACAUUUACAUUUCUGCAAGGCGGUGGUAUAGGAAGUAUGGGUGCGUUGAAUAAUUUAAGAAAUUUUCUCUGGAUUCGUAUUCAGCAAUAUACUACUCGUGAAGUAGAAUUAGAAUUAUUCAGGCAUUUACAUGGAUUAAGUUUGCGUUGGCAUCUUGGAAGAAAAACUGGCGAAGUAUUAAGAAUCAUGGAUCGUGGCACAGAUUCCAUCAAUAAUUUACUCAAUACUAUUCUUUUUUCAAUUCUACCAACCAUUAUUGAUAUUAUUGUAGCCAUUUUGUUUUUUGUUAGCGCAUUUAACAAAUGGUUUGGUCUCAUCGUUUUUAUAACCAUGACUCUUUAUAUUGCUGUCACGAUUACUGUUACGGAAUGGCGUACAAAAUUCCAAAGACGUAUGAACUUGGCCGACAACGCACAGAAAGCACGUAGUGUCGAUAGUUUGCUAAAUUUUGAAACGGUUAAGUAUUACAGUGCCGAAGUAUACGAAGUUGAAAGCUACAGAAAGGCAAUUUUAGAUUUCCAAGUACAAGAAUGGAAAUCGUUGAUUACGCUGAAUAUCUUGAAUACUCUACAAAACAUAAUUGUCUGCGGUGGUCUAUUAUCUGGAUCGCUACUGUCUUUAUAUAUGAUUGUAUUCCACCAAGGCUUAACAAUUGGUGAUUAUGUCUUAUUCGCUAGUUAUGUACUACAACUUUACUUACCAUUGAAUUGGUUUGGUACAUAUUAUAGAGUUAUUCAAAAGAAUUUCAUCGAUAUGGAAAAUAUGUUCGACCUACUCAGGGAAGAACAAGAGGUGAUGGAUGCACCAGGAGCCGAAGAAUUGGACGUCAAGCAUGGGCAAGUGGAGUUCUCGAAUGUAUCCUUUGGUUAUACCUCUGAAAAACUCGUGCUCAGAAACAUCAGCUUUGUCGCACCCGCGGGAAAAACUAUAGCACUAGUUGGACCAUCCGGUGCUGGCAAGAGUACCAUAAUGCGAUUACUAUUUCGCUUUUACGACGUCGAGCAAGGCGCGAUUUUAAUUGACGGACAAAAUGUGAAGACUGUUAAACAGGAGUCUCUAAGAAAUAACAUUGGUGUUGUACCGCAAGAUACAGUCCUAUUUAAUAACACUAUAAAAUAUAAUAUUCAAUAUGGUCGUAUUAAUGCGCCAGAAGCAGAUGUAAUUGCUGCUGCGAAAUACGCGGAUAUUCAUGAGAAAAUUCUUACAUUUCCAAAUGGUUACGAAACACAGGUUGGUGAAAGAGGACUUAGGAUAAGCGGUGGUGAGAAGCAACGCGUUGCAAUUGCACGCACAAUAUUAAAGGCGCCAAAGAUAGUACUGCUUGAUGAAGCCACGAGUGCUUUGGAUACACAGACGGAGCGUAAUAUACAAGCGGCAUUAA